AUGACUGUGCGAUGUCAGCCGCAGAUCAGAACAUGGAGUCACGAGUCACGAGUCACUUGGCUGUUUUUGUCUAGCCCGGGCACCGAGAACCGCCUAUGGCUCAAGGGCCGGGCUGGAUACAUAGCACGAGGUCUGGAUGCAAAAAACCUCCACCGCUUCUUUGAGAAGGCCGUCUCGAGGCCGAAGAAUGCAGGUCAGCAUAACCUGUAG